AUGGCGUCCAACGAGCCCGGUCUGGCGCCGCUCAGUGCGCUCGCUGAGGAUCCCACAAAGGGCGCCGUCGACGUCCCAGUCGACGCCGAUACCCCCGUCGCACCCGAUCAAUUCGACGAGCGCUACGAAACAACAAAGCGCGAAAUUUGGGCGUACUACUGCUACUAUGUAGGAGACAACGGUCUCACGCUCUUCAACUUUGGCCCUACGGCCUUUCAAAACCUCAUGUACCAGGCUGCCGGCGACUCGGAGAUUCUGUAUUUCAUGGGCCGGGACCGCACAAUCAACUCCAUUGUGCUACUAUCCAACGGCAUCAGCUUUGCCCUUCAGGUUGUCAUCUUCCUGAUUCUGGGUUCAUUCGCCGACUUUGGAACUUGGAGACCCAAUAUUCUCAUUUGUCUCUCCAUCAUCGCGUUUGGCAUUGGAUUUGGCUGGCUAGGCGUUCAUACCGAAGACAAAUGGCAUGCGGGUGUUGCCCUCUACAUUGUCGGCCUCAUUGCCUACCAGACGACCAUCACUUUCUGGACUGCGGCGUUUCCCGGCCUCGCGCGAAACACUAAAGAACUACGCCUCAAAGCGGAGGAGUUUGCCGAAGGCAAGAUUACCCGUGCAGAGUAUGAUUUCGCCGACAUGAUGAAGCGAAAUGAGCUCUCCAACACGGCCUUUUACACGCAAUCCGUCUUUGAGAUACUCAUCCUCGCCGUCAUCGUAGGCAUCAUGUUUGGGCUCCGCGUUAACGACAGCACGCAAAAUAACAACUGGGGCCUCUCCGUUCUGAUAGCAUUUGCCACAGGCGUAUGGAUUCUCUGUGCAAUCCCAUGGUUUAUUCUCGAAAAACGACGACCCGGUCAGGAUCCCGGCCGCACAAACAUCAUCUUCGCAGGCCUCAAACAACUUGGUUAUGCCGCGCAGCAGAUCUGGCAACUCCGCCAGAGUCUCGCAUACCUCGUCGGCUAUUUUCUUCUAGGCGACAGCCUCAACACUACCGUCACUGUUAUCGGCACGUUGCAGAACGAAAUCGUGGCCUACAACAGCCUGGAACUCACCUACUUGCUCAUUGUCGGCAUCGCCGCGCAAGCCAUCCGUAUCGCAGCCUUUUGGCGCAUCCAAAAGGCCUAUGGCCUCUCGACCAAAACAAUGUUCAUGGUCGUCGCCAUGUGUAUCGUCCUGCUCGACGGCUGGGGCAUGAUCGGCAUCUGGACGCACCGCUUCGGCUUCCACAACAAAUGGGAAGUCUGGGUCUACCAGGUCUUCUACGGCCUCGUCGUGUGCCCCUGGUACAGCUACUCGCAAACCAUGAUCUCCGAAGUCACGCCCCGCGGCAAGGAGUUCCUCUUCUUCAGCCUGUUCUCCGUUGUCGGCAAAACGAGCGCCUUUAUCGGACCCCUGGUUAGCAGCGCCAUUAUUGAUGAUACCGGCAACAACAGUAGUCCGUUUUACUUUUUGUUUGCACUGAGCGUGGCGAGCGCCGCGUGGCUCUUUUUGUUUGUCGACGUGGCCAAGAGCAGGGUUGAGCAGGAUCUGUUUUUGGAGAGGGAAAAGAGCGCAUUGAAGCUGCAUGAUGAAGAAGGGUUAGAUACGCUCAUGUAG